AUGGAGCGCAGUACUUUCGGUUUGAGAAAAGGUGCAUGGACUGAAGAAGAAGAUUUGCUUCUGAGGCAGUACGUUGAGAAGUAUGGAGAAGGAAAGUGGUAUCAAAUUCCUCUCAGAGCAGGCUUAAAUAGAUGCCGGAAAAGCUGUAGAAUGAGGUGGUUGAACUACCUAAAGCCAAACAUCAAGAGAGGAGGCUUCGCUGCAGAUGAAGUUGAUCUCAUUAUCAGGCUCCAUAAGCUCUUAGGCAACAGAUGGUCACUAAUUGCUCGUAGGCUUCCGGGAAGAACAGCUAAUGAUGUGAAGAACUUUUGGAAUACACACAUGUGCAAGAAGGAAAUUUCUCACAUUAAAGAAACUAAAGAAAAAGCAAAAGACAUUGUGAAAGUGAACGUAAUAAAACCUCGACCUCAGACUUGCUCUAAAAAUUUUAUUUGGUUAAAUGAGAAACCUACAGCUAUAGCAAGGUUUGAACCAAAGGACAAUGUGAGCAACAUAUCUCCCACCUUAAUGCCAUCAAAUAGUGGAAGUGAAUGGUGGAAAAGCUUGUUAGAUGACAAGGAAGGUGAUGAAAGAGCUACGUGCACCGUAAGUGGGUUAGAUAAAUAUCCCAACAAAUGGUGGAAAAGCUUGUUAGAUGACAAGGAAGGUGAUGAAAGAGCUACGUGCACCGUAAGUGGGUUAGAUAAAUAUCCCAACAAAGAUCUUUGGGGCGAGAAAAUAGUACUAGAAGCAGAAGUUUGGAACAAUUUUGAUGAUGAAGAUUUGAGUUGUUUGGCUGAUCAAACCGUUUUCGACAUGAGCUUUUGGGAUUUUCUCAAUGCAUAA